GCCUCAGCCGCAAAAGCCUGUCCAUGCCCUGCGCCAUUCAAUCACCAUUGUGGACAAGAUCGCCCAACCUCGUAUCCUCCUUGCAUGAGGCAUGAUGGACACGAGAUCUGUUUUCCAUGUCUGCGAAUACCUCACCGCCGAUCUACCCCAGAUAUAAUCGAGAUGUCUGGGAAUACAUGCAGAACUAGAGAUUUUGGCCACGGGGAGACAGUUCCCAGGUUGUGAUUCCCUAAUUUGGCUGCGGAUCACUGCUUUACAGAGAAGUGGAAUGCAUACAUCCCGUAUUAAACUAUCUUUUCUGUCUGUUUUUAGAUACAAGGGCAUCAAUUUCACAACAGAAUGUCUGGGCUGCAGUCCAAGACGAGCAUAAAAGGCCCGUUGUUUCCCUCCCACUCAGCUCAUCAUCCAAACCACUGAAUCUGAUCAAACAACUUCAAAUUUCUUUCAAAACAUUAACUGAAGUCAAAAAAUGAAGUCUUUCAUCCCCAUCGUCCUCGCUGUCCUUGGCUUCGCCGCUCAAGGCUACGCCGUCAGCUGCCAGGCCCAGGGCGGAUCCUGCCACGACGGUGACCGGGACUGCCCCGCCGGAACCAAGUCCGUGUUCUGGGAUACCGGUUGCGCCUCGGCGCAUUGGUGGUGGACCCAUGAUGAUAAGUGCUGUGUUUAGGUUAACCGGAUGUGAAGGGUGAGGUUAUCGUAUCAUCUAUACAGAAAACCGUGGUAGCUUUGUUUGGGCUUGUUUGUGUGAUGGACUUGGCUUGCCUUGGUUGUAUCAUCGGCUGCAUUGUGUAGUCGAUAAAUAGGAAUAGAGGUGUUCGUAUGAGGUCCUUAAUCCGUCAUAAAUGUUUCAAGUAGUUGCACCUCAAUGAGAACGUGCUCAUCAGGUAAGACUGGCGGG